AUGGAGAAGAAACUAUUGGAGCAUGUUCCCGAGGAUGCUGUACACAAUGCCAUGUGCGAAUACUCGCACAGCCACCUAAGGAUGUUGACAGAGAUCGAGGUCUUUUGUGUCUUCAUUUUCAGCAAGACAGGGUCGCAGACGCGACAGCAGGCCGACAACUCGAAGAAGCUCAAGGAGACGUUUGUGCGCAUGUCCAAGACUCUUGUCGCCAAUACACGACAGCGUACCCGGGAGACCGAGAAGGAGACGCAGUACAUGCCUCCUAGAUCGGCUCCGACGUCAGGCGUGGAUGAUCCCCUCGAGCGAGCACCGGCACCAAACCUGCGUGCGUUAGAGUUCUCAUGGGCAUGCUUGCAGGUCGGCCUCCAGGAUAACGAGUACGAUAAUCGCGCCAUCAUGCAAAGCUUCAGGAUUAUCGAAGCGAGUUGCUUCCUCAAAGAAGUCACUGAAUUUGUCAAUCAUCUUGUGAAUGGUAAGGUUGCAUCGACGGCCUCCGCGAGCGGCACCGUGCUGCGAGUUAGGAAAGAAUACAUCGGCCCCGUCGUCCUGAAGCUUGAGCCUCACAUCAAGGGACUUCCUUCCACACGGAUACUUCCAGCCAGGCGCGACCCGGAACGAGAGCACGGUGGUCGAGGCAUGUGUUGCUUGUUUGCCGGUGCCUGCAAGAAGGUGUACUGCGCGCCCCGACACAACGUUUGGGCAGCAAAAUACCUCGUUCAAACGCGGGCCAGAAAGGGAGACUUGCAACGGGUGGGUAGCCAUCUGCCGGUUGCAAAACUUUACAGAUGUGAUACAUGUUCCUCGCGAAGGCGUGGAUGUAGCUCUGGCUUUCUCGAUGCCGGCGUCUUGCGUGCGUCGAUGCCCAUCGGUGGCGAACUCCCAAAAGAUGUAAACGAACCCGAUGCACUUGAGGGUGCCGCGACAAUGGCUUGUAUGCCUAGUAUACGGACUGGCAAGCCCACAUCCCUUGACGUCUUCGCCAGACCCCGAGAAGUCGGCCCUCUGACGCCCGACAAGGACACAUUAUCGAUGCCCAAGCUCCUGGGACCAUCCCGUAUCAUGAUCCCGCGACCCCUACCUUGUCACGUUGCCCCUCCUGUUACUGGUAGACACCAAUGA